AUGUCGUCGAUAAUUGGAAAUGGCUUCUUCAUGAUUCUCUUUCGUAUAAGGUUAGAUCUUUCUAUACUGCUUUAUAUUAUUGGAAAUGAUAGUGCUGCUCUUCUGGAGAUCCUUUGGAAAACGGUGUUACCGGAAAAAGUCCAAACUUUUAUUUGGAGGAUGGCGCUUUAUAGGCUACCUACUAGAUCCAAUUUGAUGAAAAGAAGGGUGAUUGACUAUUACCAAAACUCGGAUUGUGCGUUCUGUUCGUCAAGCUAUGAGGAUGUUUCACAUCUUUUCUUCUCGUGCUCUAAAUCUUCGUUGGUGUGGAAUAGGAUUUGCGAGUGGGUGGAUAUAGAGAACACUUGGGAGGAUUGUUGUAAUCUUCAUGCGAAGGUCUGGGAAUCGAGAUUUCUGGGCCGCUGCAAAGAGAACAAGAUCAACUCUAUUUGGUUCAUUUCUUGCUGGAGUUUAUGUAGGGCUAGAAAUAACAUUAUUUUCAAUAAUGCUUCUAUUGACGUUGAGGACAUUGUAUCCGAUAUUAAAGUUAUCUCAUGGAGUUGGUUGAUAUUAAGUAGACAGGAUAGUAAUCAUUAUAGUUUGUACGAUUGGUUUAAAUUUCCGUUUGAUUUUAUGUAA